CAAUUGGUCACUCUCUUUCUCUCUCUAUAACUUCACAAUUUUUUUGACUCUCUCUCUAAAAAGCUCAGAGAUGAAUUCUCAGAUUUGCAGAUCUGCUACAAGAGCAGCUAAGUCACUCCUUUCUGCUUCAUCUAAGCAGACUUCUCGUGCUUUUUCAGGAGGACGAGCAGCAGCUGCAGCAGCCACAGUUUCAUUGAGAGGAGUGGUGCCUUCUCUAGCCUCAUAUGGCAGGAAUGAAUCUGGAAAUGCAUCUAGAGCUUGGAUUUCUGGUGUGCUUGCCCUUCCUGCAGCAGCUUACAUGCUCCAGGAGCAAGAAGCACAUGCUGCCGAGAUGGAGCGCACCUUUAUUGCCAUCAAGCCAGAUGGAGUACAGAGAGGCCUGAUUUCAGAAAUCGUAUCACGGUUUGAGCGCAAGGGCUUCAAGCUGGUUGCAAUCAAAGUUGUGAUUCCUUCCAAGGAAUUUGCAAAGAAGCACUAUCAUGACUUGAGUGAGCGACCAUUCUUUAACGGCUUGUGCGACUUCCUUAGCUCUGGCCCUGUCUUAGCAAUGGUUUGGGAAGGUGAAGGUGUAAUCAGAUAUGGAAGGAAGCUUAUCGGAGCCACCGAUCCACAGAAAUCUGAACCUGGAACCAUCAGAGGCGAUUUAGCUGUUGUAGUAGGAAGGAACAUCAUCCAUGGCAGCGAUGGCCCCGAGACCGCAAAGGAUGAGAUCAACCUAUGGUUUAAACCAGAGGAGUUGGUUAAUUACACCAGCAACUCUGAGAAGUGGCUAUAUGGUGAUAACUAAGUGAAUGUACUCUUGCAUUAAUCUAAUUAAUUGCCAUUAAACAGGCAUGAGGGGUAGCAAACUCAUAUAUCAAAAUAAUGCCAAUUUUUCCUAUGGCGAGUAGCAAUUUUACAUUUAGUAUACUAUUUAAAAUCACCACAAUAAUAUGUAUUUGAAACAAUGAACUCCAUUUAUGUAUUGAAACAUUGAAUUCAUUAUUCUUGUUCCAAUACAAUGAUCUAUAGCAACAA